AUGGCGACAGAACUGGGCGCCAAUGAGUCUGUCGACCCAAACACACUCUACACAAAACAAGAAUGCAUAGGUGGAGGCAGCUUUGGCAAGGUUUACAAAGGCAUCGACCGGCGAACGGGGAAUACAGUAGCCAUCAAGGUCAUUGACGUCGAGAAUGCGGAAGACGAGGUGGACGAUAUCAUGGGCGAGAUUAUGAUCCUUUCCAGUAUGACAUCGCCAUACGUAACCAAAUAUUUUGGCUCGUAUCUGGCAGGCUCAGAUUUGUGGAUUGUCAUGGAAUUUUGCUCAGGCGGCAGCUGCGCAGACUUGAUGAAGCCCGGCGCUAUAGCCGAGGCUGAAAUCGCAGUUAUAUUGAAGGAGCUUUUGAUGGGCUUGUCAUAUUUGCACGAUGACCACAAGCUGCAUCGAGAUAUAAAGGCUGCCAACAUACUCGUGGGGGCAAGUGGACAAGUGAAACUGGCCGAUUUUGGUGUGUCGGGCCAGCUCUCAGCAACCAUGACGAAGAAAAACACUUUCGUUGGUACUCCCUUUUGGAUGGCCCCUGAGGUGAUCAAGCAGUCAGGCUAUGACGGCAAGGCCGAUAUAUGGUCGCUUGGUAUUACUGCUCUAGAGCUGGCUAACGGAGAGCCUCCUUACGCGGACAUACACCCCAUGAAGGUGCUGUUUCUUAUUCCAAAGAAUCCACCGCCACAACUCACCGGCAACUUCUCGCCUGCUUUCAAGGAGUUUGUAGACCUUUGCUUGCGCAAGGAUCCCCGCGAGCGACCAAAUGCAAAGCAGCUUCUACAGACGAACUUUAUCCGCAAGGCUGGCAGACCUGCCCGUCUACAGGAGCUCAUCACAAGGUAUCAAGACUGGAAGGUUCGGUAUCCCAAACAGGCUGUUGAAUCAGAGGAUGAGGUAACACCCAUCAAAAGAAAAGAGCCUGUCAAUGAAGAUCUGUGGGACUUUGGCACUGUACGACCAAUGGGAGGAGUCAGGGGACCAGCAUUGGCACCUAUGAAUGAUGCUGGCGCGAACGCUCGCAAUGUUUCACCACAACGAAAGCCCCUCGUUUCUAGUCAAAACGGUGGUUAUGCCAACGAAAAUGCGGAUACCAUCAAGAGUCCACCAGCCUCGCCGACGAAACGUCUGCUUCCAUUGCAAACCCUAGAGUCUGGAAUGGCGUCCGUAAACACUGCUGCGAGGAUUCCACUUCCACCAUCGCCAGAAAAGAGAGGGGCGCCUUGUUUUCAACAACCUGUUCAAGAAUCUCCACGAAAGUCACCAGUACCUGGAUUGUUCUCUCCACCUCAACACCGAGGAUUGGUUACACCGACCAGAGCAGCACCUCAAGGCCCACGACGACAGACCCCGCUCUCUCAUGCUUACGAAGAAUUCUUGCAGCAAGAAAUAGCCGCAGACAUGAAGCGAAUGGAGAUAACACCACAACAGCCUCGCAAUCCUACACCAAACCGUGCGUCGGUUCUUCCACAAAUGUCCAUACCUGAAAUCCCACCAUUCCGAGGGUCAUCAACAAGCCCAGCAACCAAUGAAUCCUCCGUAGAACCUGUCAAGUCAUCCCCGAGCCCAAUACGACUACAUCAUCAAGUGCCACUAUCUUCGCUCACCCAUAAGCCACUACCACCACUGGCGGGUCAGCAAGCGCUUCCAUCUCUGAUGGGACAAAAGCCUCUCCUCUCACCCCAGCAGGCCUUCAUGCCAAUGAACUCGUCGUCGUCAAUAUCUUCGCGACCUGACUCGAUAACAUCCAAUGAUCCCUUUGGUGGACCUCUUUCUUCAAAUUGGAUAUCGCAACCCAUCCAGCAAAGCACUGCUCAGCCUGUAGCUCCCCCACCCCCACUACAUACAUCUCCCAAGCCCAUACCUAUGUCACGCGGCUCAUUUGGUCGUCCUAAGCCAACGAGCAACCAUCCAAGUCUCCUCCAGACCUUGGGAUCUCCCUCAUCUGCUCCCUUGGAGAUAACAGCUCUUACGGGCGUCGUAGUGCCUGCACUUGAAGCGGCGCUAUCUCGUCGUACAUAUCAUCUUAAUCUGAAGAACAAGACGGAUUCGAUGCAUUCACUCGAUGAUGCACAAGGCUUCGUAGACCGUAGGCGGCACAGGCAGGAUUGUCAUGAACGGGUGAAAACUUUGGUCAACGAGAUUCGAGACAAAUUCGAAGAGCUUGAUCGAUGGGAUGAGCAAGGGGAAGUGGGUAUGGGUGGGGAAGUUGCGGGCUUCUUGGAAGGGUUUCUGGAAGAGGUAUUGGUUAGGGUCGAGCCGGCCGACGAUUAG